CCCACAUCCCUCCUGUAGUAAUACACCCUGUAAGCUGGGGCCCGGCGAGAUGAGAAGGUGUAGAACACUCUUGGCUGGAUACUGAACGUUCAAGCCGGUAAUACCUCAUCAAACUUGGACGUCAUACCUGACAACAAAUAACGAGACGAGUAUGGAUAACAAGGCGUUGGAACCCGACUCUGUGAGUGUUUCCAUAGAGGACAGCAUCAUUUGUAAUGGAGGUACUCAGCAACAGGAGACUUCCAUGCUGAAGCUAAAGAAAGUUGAGAACCAGAUCACAGAAGCACAGCGCAUCACCCAUCUACCCAAACGUUCACCUGUAGACCUUGAGUUUAUUAACAUCUCUUACACCAUUCAGGAGGGAUCUUGCUGUAAGAGGAGAGGAUUCAAAGCCUUAUUGAAAAGCAUCUCUGGGAAAUUCUGCAGUCGGGAGCUCGUAGGAAUCAUGGGUCCCUCGGGUGCUGGAAAGUCUACCUUAAUGAACAUUUUGGCAGGGUACAGGGGAAAAGGAAUGAAGGGUCAAAUCCUUGUAAAUGGGAGACCCAGGGACCUGAGGUCAUUUCGGAAAAUGUCAUGCUAUAUCAUGCAACAAGACAUACUGCUGCCACAUCUUACUGCACAAGAAGCCAUGAUGGUAUCAGCCAACUUAAAGCUCAAUGAGUCUAUGGAUGUGAAAAGAAAACUGGUUAAUGAGAUUCUGAUUGCCUUGGGGCUUCUUGAGUGUGCUCAUACUCGUACCAGCUCACUAUCAGGCGGUCAGUGUAAAAGGCUCGCCAUUGCCCUUGAGCUGGUCAACAAUCCACCAGUCAUGUUUUUUGAUGAACCCACCAGUGGCUUAGACAGCACAUCGUGUUAUCAGGUUGUGUCUCUCAUGCGUUCUUUGGCGCUGGGAGGAAGGACUAUCAUCUGCACUAUCCAUCAACCAAGCGCUAAACUCUUUGAGAUGUUUGACAAGCUAUACAUCCUCGGCCAGGGUCAGUGUAUCUACAAAGGCACAGGCCCCUACCUUAUUCCCUAUUUGAAAAGGCUGGGACUUUACUGUCCCACCUAUCAUAACCCUGCAGACUUCAUCAUUGAAGUGGCAUCAGGAGAGUAUGGAGACCUGAACCCAGUUUUGUUUGAAGCAGUCCAAGGAGGAAUGUGUGGAACAGAAGACAAAAAGAACCAGCGUGGUACCAAUGGCUCAUUGGUCUAUACCACAGAACAUUCCAAGGAUACUGGACACAUAGAGAGACAUACUUUUGCUACAAGCACACUGACACAGUUCUGCAUCCUCUUCAAGAGAACCUUCAUAACCAUUUGUCGAGACCAGGUUUUGACCCACCUCAGACUGAUGUCCCACAUUGUCAUAGGUGUGGUGAUAGGCUUGCUCUAUCUGAACAUUGGUAAUGAUGCCAGCAAGGUGCUUAACAACACUGGAUUUCUCUUCUUCUCAAUGCUUUUCCUCAUGUUUGGAGCACUCAUGCCAACUGUGUUAACCUUUCCUCUGGAGAUGUCAGUGUUUCUGAGGGAGCACCUGAACUACUGGUACAGCCUGAAAGCCUAUUAUCUGGCCAAGACCAUGGCUGAUAUUCCAUUCCAAGUGAUCUGCCCCAUCAUGUAUUGCAGCAUUGUGUACUGGAUGACAGAGCAACCUCCUGAGGUCAGCCGCUACCUCCUCUUCAUAGCGCUGUCCAUUUGCACUUCUCUGGUUGCACAAUCCCUCGGCUUGCUAGUUGGUGCUGCUUCCACUUCAUUGCAGGUGGCCACAUUCGUUGGACCCGUCACAGCUGUCCCGGUGCUACUUUUCUCUGGAUUCUUUGUGAACUUUGACACAAUUCCAAAGUACCUGCAGUGGACCUGUUACGUGUCAUAUGUCAGGUAUGGUUUUGAAGGAGUGAUUUUGUCUAUCUAUGGGAUGAAUCGUUCUGAGUUGGAGUGUCCAGGCAAAGCGUGUCGCUUACAACAGCCUGAGGAGGUUCUUAAGCUGUUGGACGUAGAAGAUGCCAAGCUCUACAUUGAUUUCAUUGCCUUGGGCGUUUUCUUUAUCAUCCUGCGCCUGGCCACUUACCUUGUUCUCCGCUAUAAGAUAAAAGCUCAGCGGUAGCUUGUUUUACAGAAGAUUUGUACUAUUGCCAUGCCAACAUUUACACAACCUGAAGUACGCUCUUUUACCACAUUGGUGUAUUUCUUAUUUUUACUGCACACAUUGCUGCUAAACGCUGCUGAACGUGUCAAUAAUGUUUGAUUAUGAACUUGUACAUUACCUCAAUACACCAGGCUUACUCUUCUGUUUUUAAACAGUUGUAGUUCAAUCAGAGCAAACUCAACAGAGCAUAAAGAUAUUUUUAACAUCAAGCAUGGGUGUGCACAGCGAUUGUCUCCACUCACAAGGAGAAAAGUCAAGCCUCCCCUCGAAAAACACAGUUUACAUAAUAUUAGUGUUGUUAGUCACCUAAAUGUUGAACAGAGGGUGUGUUUUUACCGAAGUCAAAUUCCUUGUUUGGCACGCUCAAACAUGGCGAAUAAAAACUCUUGAAUCUUGAAUCAUGCAAGUCUGAUACAUAUAUAAGCUCAAAUGACUUUAGAAAUCAAUUCAUUCUUUUGCUAGAUGGAUUUUUUAUUAUUUGUAGAUUAAUUAAUAUAAUCAUAUGUUCUCAAAUGUUAUAUUCUACUUACAAUAUGUGAAAUUCUUUCAAUGUGAAUCAAAGUGUAAUGUUUUUUUGUAUAAUUAUCUCCUUGUGUAUAUGCACUAACAUACAGCAUGAGUAUUUAAGAUAGAAAUAAAUGAGUAUACUUUUAUUUUUUUGUACCUACACAACCAGGACAUCAUACAAUCAUGUUUGGUGCUAAAUUUUAUGAUCAAUAUGAAAAACACAAUGCAUUUGGACUGCACAUUAAAAGGAGCACUGGAAGAACUGGAAGGAGCUUUAGAUUGCAUUUAGCAUGACGAUUGUUUUGUUUUUUUCUCAAACUAGUUUUUUGUUUAUGGAUUUUAUGUUUUUUAGCUGGACUGCACAAUCAUUUCCAAUAAUUGAGAAUAUAAUAAACAAUGAUUUGAUUAAUUUGA